GCAUAGCUUCCGUUAGCCAUUCGUCGAUGUACAUUGUAGGGCAUGGUACAGUAUAAAUUUAGUCUGAUGUGAUAUUAUAGAAACAUUUCUGUUUGUCACGUCCCGGUAGAUGUUUAUGGAUUGCCAGAAGUUGAAGUGACUUUGAGCGGACUUACAGGUAACGUUACGAAAAUGCCUUUGCAUGGAAAAAUUGUCGUGAUAAAGAGGAGUGGAGGAGAUGGGACUGAAUUUCCUCUUACUGGAACAUGCUUGUUCGGAAGGGUGGCCGAGUGCGAUAUUCGUAUUCAGCUUCCUCAUGUAUCCAAGGAGCAUUGCAGGAUUGACUUGAAUGAAAAUAAAGAGGUUGUUUUGACUAAUUUGAGCUCAACGAAUCCUACCCGUGUCAACGGAGAGGCUUUGCAGCAGUCUGAGCGUUUGAAGAACGGAGAUGUGAUAACCAUUAUUGACCGCUCUUUCAGGUUUGAGUACCCUCCUGCACCCACCCCAAAGAAGAGGUCAUCCAGAGGAGGCCUAACUGAAACCCUCAAAGUUCUCCAAGAUCAGCAAGUUGGGGACAAGGUUUCCACUGAAGUUUCCACAGACCCUCAUCUGAAAGAUGGCACCAACCAAGAAAACAUCCAGCGAUCUCUGGAUAAAACCCUGGAGGUGGAGCCCAAGCAGGACAGCAGCCUGCAGCAAAGCAAAACCGCCUCCCCCUUCGGCGACCUGUAUCAAAUGAUCAAACAGUCCCUGGAUGUGAAGACCCCUCGGAAAUCUUCUGCCAGUGUCCUUCAAACCCCCACCUCCAGGUUUUGCACUCCAAGACCUGUUUCUGUCAGGAAAAAUGAGGGCAAAGCUGUCCUUUCAACAGAAGACAAGAGCACUCUCCAGAAGGAAGAAGCUAAAGUCUCUGCUGUAGCUGAGGAAACCAAGGAGGCUGAAAAUGUUGGUAACACCACCCCAAAGUCUGCUAAGAAGCAGAGAAGGUCCCUCCAGACUCCUUCUACCGAGAUGGCCGCACCUGAAGUGAAAGCAGCUGAAACUGCUGCCCAGUCUGAAGAGACUACUCCCCAGAAGAGAGUCCGUACACCCCCCCAGAGGUUUACAUGUGAGGAGUCGCCUGUGAGACGAAGAAGUAAGGAGGCAACACCUGCUGUUACUAAGGAACAAGAAGAGACCUCUCCCAUAACAGAGAAAGUGAAAGGGAAGUCCAAAAAACGCAAAAGUGGAGAAGUCUUGUCCGACAUGCCCGUACCAGAUAUGAAGAGGAAGCGUGUUUCCUUCGGCGGCACACUGUGUCCUGAAUUAUUCGACAAGCGUCUUCCUCCUGAUUCUCCAUUGCGCAAAGGGGCAACACCGCGUUUGUCCAAAACCAAGAAUUCCCUCCUGAGACGAGCAUCCGCCAGUGGCUUGUUAGAGUUUGAAGAGGAAGAAAGUCCUGCAAAAAAGAAGACUCCUGCAAAGAAAUCACCCAAAUCCAGGACCCCCUCUCCCAAGGCUGCAAGGGGAAGGUCUUCCUCUGUCGAUGGAUCUCCAGCAGUCCUGACUCCGAGUGUCCAAGGGCGUUUCUCUGUGUCACGCAUCAUCACACCAUCUCCUGGAGCAGAAGAUGUUGUUCCUGUUACUCCUAAAGUAACCCAGAGGAGGAGGAGCACCUCACGGGAGACUCCAAGUGGCGCAACAUUAAUGCGCAGAAGAAGUGGCAUUUCACGGGCAUCUAUGAAAGUCAACAAUUCCUGGGCAGACAUUGUGAGAUUUGGACCAACUAAGCCUCAAGUGUUUGCUCCAGUUAUACAUAUGGUUACCAAAAAGACAACAAAGGCGGCUGUGCCCAAACCACAGACUCCUGCGAGAAACAUCAUGGGCCAUGGCAGCACUGGCCACGUGGAUUCCCCUGUUACCAUUGUUGUGGGCAGAGCUCAACAAAGAGUUGUUCCAACUGGCGCUGCACCAAGACUGGUCCCCAAUAUUGCACUCCUUAAAAAGAACAUGAAAAUGGACGAGGACUUGACUGGAAUUUCUGAAAUGUUAAAAACCCCUGCGGCGGACAAGAAGAAGAGAUCUGUAAUCAAUGAGAACAACGCCCCAAAGACUCCAGUGGGAGCAUCUGUGGUUGAACCAUCAGUGCUGAACACACCAGAGGAAUCAGGUGAGAUGAUGGUGUCUCCACUGACCGUGUCGUCUUCAGUGAAAGGCAGAAGCUACAACAGUGAAGCAGUGCAGCGCCUCCUCAAUGAUGAAGAUGAAGAUGAAGAGUCUAGCUGCAUCAGUGAAGUGCCCGUCUCCAGCGAGCAGCAGUGCACAGAUCUGAAGAAGACCUCCGCAACAACUCCCAAACAGAAGCCAGAACUACCAGAGUGUCUCACCGGAGUGAAGAGGAUCAAGAAGACGCCAAAACAGAAGUCCGAGCCAAUCGAAGACCUAAGAGGGAAGAUUCUGAAAACUCCUAAGCAGAAGCGUGAACAACAGGAAGACUGUCUCACCGGAGUGAAGCAGAUGAUGGCGACUCCUAAACAGGAAGCUGUAGAGGACAUCAAGGUGGAGCUGCUUACAACUCCCAAUGAGAAGGUUGAACAACAUGAGUCCAUCGCCGUCGUUGAGAUAGUUUGUGAGACCCCACAAAAGGAGACUGAACCCAUCGAAGACCUCCAAGAAAAUGUCCUGGAAACUCCCAAAGCUCCAGAAGCAGAAGCCACACGUGUGGAUGAUGUUGAGGAAAGUGCAGAGACACCGGUGCGAGAAUCUGAAGAGCCAUCUGAAACGACCGACAUGUUAAGUGCGAGCAGUGGGGCCCCAGCGGAACUUGAAGACCUCACUCAGGCUGAAACAGUUGAUUAUACUUGUUGUGAAGUCAAAGCAAAAGAAGAGCCACAAGAUGAUGUGCCAUCAGAGGUCAAGGAUGUUCCCGAAGUUAUCGUGGAGAAAGCAGAUGCAAAUGAUGUCGUCGACGAUGAUAUUGAAUCAUCAGAUGCCGCCAAAACUGUCUCUGAAGCCCCUGUAGAUGAGAUUGUAGCUGUGGAAGAACCCAAAAUGGAGACUGUUGAUGAUGAUGUAUCAGAAGAACCAGAAGUGGUCACAGUAGAUGAGAAGGUUACUGAAGAACAACCUAUGGAAGAUGCAGUUGAGAAGGUAUCUGAAGAAGAACCAGAAGUGGUCACAGUAGAUGAGAAGGUUACUGAAGAACAACCUAUGGAAGAUGCAGUUGAGAAGGUAUCUGAAGAAGAACCUAAAGUGGAAACUGCUUCUGAAAUAGUCACAGAAAUGGACACGGCUUCCUCAAAGCCCGACCAGAAGAAAGAAUCUGUUCGAGGCAGAAGGACCAAGACGGUUGAACCUGAAGAAGCUGAUGGUCAACAGGAAGCAGUAGAACAAUCUGAAGAGCCUGUCAUCCCUACACCAUCCAGAGGAAGAAGGGUGAAGAACACUGAAGCUGCUGCCCCAUCCGCUGUCAAGCAAACAAAAAGAGGCAGAGAUGCUAAGUCUGAAGAAAGCCAAGAUGUUGAGCUCCCAGUUGAGGAAAGUGAGCCUCUUCCCACCGAAGCGGCUCCUAAGCCUAAACGAGGAAGCUCUGUUAAAAAAGCUUCUGAGGUCCAAGAGGUUCCCCUCGUCAGUGCCACAAACAAGCUCAAACGUGUCAGGAAGGGAAAACAAGCUGCUGAAGAACCUGAGGAAAAGCCAGAACCUGAGGCUGAAGAGAAGAGUGAAGAAGAACCAGCUCCAGUCAGAAAAUCAAGGGGGGCGAAAAAAGAAGUAGCCCAAGCCGUCUCGGUGAAGAAAACCCGUCGAGGUGCAGCUCCAACCCUCAAGGAGACGAGCGAAGAAUCCACAGUUUCAGAGCCGGCACCAGCUCCAGUUGAGCCGGUCAAAAAGGGGAGGCGGGCAGCAGCAAAGCCCGCCACAGUGACUAGCGAGCCAGCAAAUCCCUCUGAAGAUUCAAGCAGUGCUGUUCAGGAAGACGCAAAAACACCCAAAAGGAAGGGAAAAGAAGCUGCUGUAGAACCAGAGGCAAAGCCUGAGGCUGAAGAGAAGAGUGAAGAAGAGCCAGCUCCAGUCAGUAAAUCAAGCAGGGCAAGGGGGGCGAAAAAAGAAGUUGCCCAAGCCGUUCCAGCGAAGAAAACCCGUCGAGGUGCAGCUCCAACCCUCGAGGAGACGAGCGAAGAAUCCACAGUUUCAGAGCCGACACCAGCUCCAGUAGAGCCGGUCAAAAAGGGGAGGCGGGCAACAGCAAAAACCGCCACAGUGACUAGCGAGCCAGCUAAUCCAACUGAAGAUUCAAGCAGUGCUGUUCAGGAAGACGCAAAAACAUCCAAAAGGAAGGGAAAACAAGCUGCUGUAGAACCAGAGGCAAACCCGGAACCUGAGGCUGAAGAGAAGAGUGAAGAAGAGCCAGCUCCAGUCAGAAAAUCAAGGGGGGCGAAAAAAGAAGUUGCCCAAGCCAUUCCAGCGAAGAAAGCCCGUCGAGGUGCAGCUCCUACCCUCGAGGAGACGAGCGAAGAAUCCACAGUUUCAGAGCUGGCACCAGCUCCAGUACAGCCGGUCAAAAAGGGGAGGCGGGCAACAGCAAAAACCACCACAGUGACCAGCGAGCCAGCUAAUCCAACUGAAGAUUCAAGCAGCGCUGUUCAGGAAGACGCAAAAACAUCCAAAAGAUCCGUCAAGUGGAACGCAGACGUGGAGGUCCUUGAGGUUCCAAAGGCAACACCUGUAAAGGCAGUCCGAAGCAGGAAGUCAAAACUCUGCACCGAAACUGUGUCAAUGGAUGCCGACAAAACUGAAGAGAAGAAUCUCUCAGACAAAGUUGUUGAAGCUGCGCCCGUCAAGAGAGCCAAGCGAGUGGCAAAGGUCGUUGUUGAAACUGCGGACGAGGCCGAGACUUCAAGCAAGGUGGAAAGUGUUGAGACUGAAGCACAGCCUAAACCCCGCAGAGCAAGAGUCGCUAAGAAAUAAAAGCAUUUGUAGAUUGUCUUAAUCCUUAUUACCUUUUUUCCCUUUUAAAGUCUUUUUGUACUUUGUCAUUUUGUAUUAGUCAAUGACAUUUUAGAAAGUAUUUUUAAAAAUGAAGCACUGCCUUUCUUUUCAUUAAAGCAGGGAAUUUUGUUUUGACCAUUGAUUUCGUUACAAGUUGUGUUUACCACUGGUUUCUGCAAAUAUUUGUAUGCCGAAAAAGGUUAUAAAUAAAUAAAUAAAUUGGUUUGAAUGAAAA